AUGUCUAAAUACCAACACAAGUGCAAUUUGCACGUCCAGGAUGACUACGGCCUUCCCAAAUUGGCACCCAACGCACAUUGGACGAAAAAAUUAGGCAGAGUUCUAAGGAAAUUAGUUCUUAUUAAUCCCAACCACCCCAAAUGCAAGUCACUGUUCCGCAGCAAGUCGGUAAUUUUGAGAGAAAGAAAAAUUCACACCUCUGGUCCAAAUUUCUUUGUGAUUCACCCUCUGAGCACCCUCAAUGCAAUCCUGAAUGCAACGUUUGUCAUCUUGUGGCUUUAUUUAAUGGUAAUGGAACCGCUAAUGAUUUUCAUGGCAAUGACUAAAUAUAUUGAAAAUGUGCAUAGAAUUGUGCUAACCCCGGUGCAGCUGGUUUUGAUCUUAUUAUUUUUCAACAGAGGGUACAUCGAUAAAAAAACUAAUCAGAUUGUAUUAGAAUUCAAAAAGAUAAUCCGCAGGUACUUAUUUACGUACUUCAUUUUCGAUUAUCUGAGUACAUAUUUCGCCAUUGAUAUACCGGCACGUUGGAUACUACAAAGUGAUAAAGAGAAGGAAGGUGCAGAAAGGUUGGCAUAUAGUCUUCGUAUAUUUGCAUACAGUAUAAGGAUUCAUACUUUAAUAGAAUUCAUGGAUCAUUCUCUUCGCAAUAUAAAAUUAAAUAAAACGUUAAGAUCUCUCUCAUGUUAUACAAUAAAAACGUACCUUAUUCUUCAUCUCUUUACUAACGUAAUAGUUGCCGUACCAUACUUAUGGUACGUGUACACGAACGAAUAUUCACCACGUUCAUGGUUGAUGACGACUGGUAUAUUUUUCAAGCAAAAACUGUAUCAGAGAUAUUUCGAGACUUUCCGUAUGGUAUGCUGCCUCUUCUUCGGAAUUCCUCAUACUGUUAUGGAGGUUCUCAACGAGCAGAUAUGUGCAGUGAUUAUAUCCUUUACUGGAAGGCUGUACACUCUAUACCUUCUGGCUGAUAUAUUGAGAUUACUCGGCAUAGCUGGUGUCUCUGAGAGCAUGUACCAAAGAAAUAUGUCCUUAAUGCAAAGCUACUUGGCUAAUCAAGGUGUGCCAGAUAAUUUAAAAAACAGGAUAUUCGGGUAUUGCAAAUUUAAAUUUCAAGGACAAUAUUUCGAAGAAAACGAAAUCAGGAACACUCUUUCCCAUAAAUUACGGGCAGAAUUAUUCUUAUUUACUGCAAGGGAGAUGAUUCAGAAGACGCAAGUUUUCAAAAAUUUACCCGGUCCUGCGAUUGGCAGCAUCAUGGAGGUCAUGAAAUGCGAAACGUUCUCUCCCACCGACAUUAUUAUAACCAUAGGUUCCGAAAUAAGUGAAGUGUACUUCAUAUCCUCUGGCACUGUGGCUGUCACGAACUCGGCUGGCUACGAACUGUGUCACUUGGAGGACGGUGAUGAGUUCGGGACUAGUUGCCUCUUCUUCAAGCGGCAGAUCUACGCGGUGGUGGCAGUAGAAACGGCGGUGGUGUUUGUCAUAAACAGGAACCAGUUUAUGGAAUUUUUGUACCCUUAUCCUGAGGUAAUGAACGGAUUUUAUCGUUCGGCCAAGGAAAAACUUGCCAAAUUAAAAAAGUUGGAAGAUACUGUUACCGCACGGAGUAUCAAUCUACUUUCUCAACUUGAGAGGGGAAAUAUUUUAGAAAAGCGUGACAAAAGGCUGACCGCUGACGAAUGA